GCCCACCGAAAUUGGCCAUCCAUGGGAAUGAUUAAUGAACAAAUACAACUCACCUUCUAAAGGUGAGAACAUGUAAACCAAAUUCAACCUUUGGCAAGUUCAUUCGCUACAACAGAAGAAAUCGAAUUUCUGUAAUAAGAGAGACAAAAAUGGGAAUUCUAAGCGCAAUUACUGGUCAAAAAAAUAACUCCAUCAACAACAACAUCAGCCAAUCUAUAUUGAUUCCUGCUCCUCUUGAACCCCAUCAAAUUAAAGCUGAAUGUGCUCGAGAGGCAACUCGAGCUGGAUUUAAAGCGGCAGCAAUUGCUUCUGUUAUUGCUACUGUUACCGUGAUAGGUGGUUGUCGAGUCAACCCAUGGGCAAAGGCCAACCUUAAUUAUAGUGCACAGGCACUCCUUAUAUCUGCAGCAACCAUUUCUUCUUACUUCAUUACCGCUGACAAAACUAUUCUGGAAUGUGCUACAAGACAUGCAAAAUAUGAUGCUUCCAAAUAUGAAUAAUUGAGCUUGCGUCACAAAUUGCUAUCAGAUUCUCCAAGUGAAAACAUCCUGUAUGAAGUAAUCUGAUUAAGCAUGUUUUGUGAUGAUACCAUCGUAAACUAGAAGUUUAUUGUGAAGGAUAAAAUUGGCCUGUCAAUACCAGCCUUUGUUGUAAAGUUUAGUUAAACUACAGAAGAUGAUUUUUGAUGUUAUUUUGCUAGGCAUGCCUAUCGUGUUGUUGCUGGGAUUGGUAAUGCUUUUUUGUUUUGGCAGCAAAAGCCUCUGUACACAAUUGACGAUUAUAAUUUGGUGUACUGCUCAAGACUUGAGUUGAUCAAAAUGUAACUUCUCCCAUAUACUUCAUUCUUUGUCAGUCGCAACAUUUGAAGUUUCAUGUUUGCCAAUGCACAUUUUUUCAGUGUAAAAAUGUUGUUACUAAAAAGAACAGAUGUAGUAUAUAUACUAUUAUACAUUAUUCUGCAACAUGAUUACUUCCA